GGCUAAAAAGGAGGGGCUGAAAAUGUUGAGCCAACUGAGAGCCAAUGCUGAGACAGAAGCUUUAGUUUUCAUCAAAGACACUUUUCUAGCAUCGUCUGAAAUGAUUGCAGUAGGUGAGAAACUUCCAAUUCAGCUGCCUUUUCUCAAGCAAAGGCGACAACACUUCCAGGAAAGUUUGCGAACUCUGAACAUGAAUACCAAAACUUCAAUCACAAGCCCUAGCUCAACCUUGAAUUCACAGUUGUAUGAAGGUCAUCAGUGCAAGCAUUUUAAACCUAUAUUUGCUAACCUAGCCACUCAUAAGUAG